AUUUGUCUAUAGAUGACCUGCCAAUGUAUACAAACGUUUACAAAACUUUGUUGAUUAUUUUUACAUGGGCACACAUUUUUGUAGGCAAAAAGAAACAUUAGCUACCAUACGGCUAUUUUGUUAAAGUUCAUAUAGAUUUUUCAGAAGCACAAGAUCCAAUAGGCACUGAAGUUAAUUUUCUUUAACUAUCUGUAUUCUCUUUUUAAAGUUUUACCAAUUUUGAGUGAACUUUUUUAUUUGUAAAUAGAUUUAUUUGGCUUAUGUUGUCUGUUGUUUAUAUUGUCUACCUAAUUUUUUUGCGCAGAAAUUGAUUUAUAACGAUAAGCGUGUUUUGUCUGUCCGUGCGUAAAAUUUAGGUGGUGCUAAGGAUGCACGAAAUAGCGAUAUCUAGAAUUUAUUUCACCGGCGGAAAUCUGAUGCCGGGAGUAUGUACAUCGAGCGAAGCCGGUGAAUUUUUUACAAGCUAACGCCUAGUGCUUCUAUCUUUCUCUUCAGAACAAAAAGAAUAUAAAGUCAUCCAAUUGUCAACAUGUCAGCAUUUCGUCGCAAGAAAUUAUUGUUAACCUUCUGUUUCAUAUUUGCAUUUUUCGUCUUUCUGCAACAUUGGACAGACACAAAGGCGACCUGGAAAAAUACAAUAAUGAUGAAGCUUAAAAAAUAUCAAAUCGAGUUACAACAAACUAUAGAUUUCUCAAACUAUGAACAAAAAAAUACUUCUGGCUACAUCGUAGACGAACGGAGUAGAAAACAGAGAAUAAAACCUAUUGAAUUAGUAAAAGCAGACAUGAAGAGCUUGCUAGAUGUAAACGAGCAAUUUAAAAAAUCUAGAGACUGCGUGCAAAGAAGUCGCCAUCAGAUCGCCAUGUAUCUACAUAAGGCGUAUGAAAGUGAAUUCUCACUAGAUUACAAAUUCCGACAAAAGAAAAACCCAAUUUUAGAACCGAAAUGCAAACCGGGCCUUGAUCUUAUUAUUAUUCUCACAACCAGACCUGGUGCGUUUUAUAAUAGAGCUGCAAUCCGCAACAGUUGGGGUCGUAUCGAUUCUAAAAUCAAUCAACAUUCCUUUCGCACUUCAUCCUUUACCUACAAAACUGUUUUCACAGUUGGCCGUGAUGCAAAUAGCAAAGUUGAAAAAUUAGUCGAAGAAGAGAAUAAAUAUUUUAAAGAUAUAUUGAGACUGGAUUACCAAGACACUUAUGAAAAUUUACCCAACAAAACAGUGCUUACAUUAGAAUGGAUUGCUGAUAACUGUCAACCAAGAUACAUCUUAAAAACUGAUGAUGACUGUUUUGUCAAUGUGGUUGCUAUAGCUCCCUGGUUAAAACGUUUAGAUCCGGAUAUCUUAUAUGUUGGUAAAAAGAACGAUUAUAUGCCUGUAAUUCGUGACCCGCUACAUCGAAAUUACGUGCCCUUUGAAGACUUUGAUGAGGAAUUUUAUAAACCUUACUGCGCGGGAGGUGGUUAUAUGUUGGCUGGAAGUAUUUUAAAAAACGUGACACUAAAAGCUAGAAAUAUUAAACAAAUUAUAAAUGAAGAUGCAUACAUAGGCAUGGUCACACACUCCUUAAACAUUUUUCCAGUAGAUGACGAGCGAUUUCUACCGUUUAUAUUUUCGAAAAAGAGUGUAAAUAAGCGAAUGAUGUGUGAUUGGAGGAGUAAAUUUUUAAUGCAUGGCGUGAGGCCGAACAAACAAUUGGUGAUGCAUUGGAAUGCACUAGCUAUGAACGAAUAUCCAUCUUUAUGUGAAGGCUUCUCAACUUUGAGGUAGCUCUAACCAGAAUCAAUUUCUUCACCACAUUUAGGUUUUAAUUAUGUCUACUUAAUAAAUUUUAAAACUUGCAA